GCUCUGUCCACUGCGGAGGCAAGCAGCAGGCACAUCGACGAAUGUUUCAGGGGUCUCCCUACGUGAGUCACCGACGUCGCGAUGUCUCGUGAGAUCCACCGCAACGGGUGGCUCCGAUGCAUCCCUUACCUGCAAACAUCGGAUCAAUUGCCGAAAUCGCAUCUGGAGAAUCUCUUCGUUUCGUUUUGCAUACACGACGAAGAUGGACCGUGGCUGGAGUUCUACGACAACCGACAUUGCUCGGCGGAUCACAAGCCCGUGGCAAGGUUCUCGCUCAACGACUGUCUCCACAUAUCACCCCGGCUCGUCAGUCCUGAGGAGGAAUAUUUCGAAUUCGCCGUCACCCUUAAGAACAAAGUUCUCAGGCUGGCGACAGAGAGCCAACAGCUGACCUUGGAUUGGGUUCACACUCUGACGGAGACACUAAGGAACCGCGGCGUUUUUCGACCGAAAGAGAACGAAUACAGCGCCGAGCCCUCAAAGCCUCCACAUCCGCGGCAGAACAUGCCGCUGCCUCCGACGCCAAUCGAGGAACCUGCUCCGAACGGUCCGGCAUUAACCGACAUGAGGAGGAGUCUUCUCAACAUGGUCGAAAGUAGUGCGACGUUCUUCCGUCAAGAGUCGAUCGAGAGCAACCUUUCGUCCUCAUCGAGCCACGACUCAGGACCGAGCACGAGUGCUGCCCACGGUGCGAGUGGACCCAGAGAUCCUACCUCACCUCUGCCGGAACCUCCCGAGUCCAGCCCGAUCUACGAACCCAUUUUCCCCGUGGUCGACCGACCGCUGAGUCGGACGGAAUCCGCACGUUACGCAUCCCGACAGCGGAGAGCGACUGUGGAAGCCGACGUCGGAAACAAACGCCAUUCGUACACGGGUGGACUCGGGGAACAAACUCAUUCAGAGCCAAAUCGUGAAGAAGCCGUAAAUCCUCUUCGGAGUUGUGCGGGUCAGGUCGGGGCGGGGACCAACGGCACGGGUCCGUCUCCAUCCGAGAGACUAAUCGAACGCAACACCGAGUACUCCCAAGUGUUCGCCACCAACGGUCAUAACUGUGAUAGUAGCCAACGACCGUCGUCUGGCGGAAGCGGUUUCCGAGCACCCGACGUCCCUGUGCGAAGCAGAAGUUCGGCUGCGGAGCCAAGACCAACCUUAAGUCCCAAACCUAUGAGAGCAAUGCUGAGAAAAGAAGCCGCACACGAGGGGACCAGCCACGACAAAAUUCAACUCCGAAACAGCAUGGUCGUUCCGACACCUGCGUCGUUCGAAGGCACCUCGUCGGAAACACACGUCCUCGCGCCACAGAUAACCGAAAGUGUUUACGUCGAGAUCAGUGGAACCAGCACAGGCCAGUUGCCGAUUCGGGAGUCCCAGAUACUCAAAUUACAGGAGGAGAUGACCCAUCAGGCCGGGGUUGUGGUCAGAUUCGCAAAGCGGGACCUUCAAGGGAGUUUGGCCCUGGUGGAUCUGUGCGGGGCGGUGUACAUAGCUGGCUGGAAUAAGCCGUCAAUGAAGUCACAUCUCCAUGUUGGGGAUCGAUUGCUCAACAUCUGCGGUCGGAAGGUUUUCUGUGCGUCGGAUGCACAGAAAACCAUCAAAGACCUUAUCUACAAUCAAACGGUGGAACUCACAAUACAUCGGAUACCGUUUGGGAAAGCGUUGGCCAUUAAACGGAGCUUCGAAGGUGAAAAUUUGGGUCUCGUCAUGGGGGAUGGCACGAACGAAAUCCUCAAAGUUAUUGAAGGAGGACUUGCUCACCGGAGCGGCCUGCCAUUGAUGGUUUCGACUGCUCUGGAUGGCGGCAUGGCUCUCACAUCGUGGUGGAUUACCGAAGUGAAUCACCGUCCCAUUAAUUUAUUCUUCAAGAAAUCCGAGAUAGAGCCUCGAUUGCGUGCCGUAGGAAAAGACAUCUCGUUGGUUGUGCAACCCUCUGAUUUCAUGCGAGGAAUUAAGAAGCAAUUCAAAUCGAUGUGGUCCUACAAAAACUUCAUCGUCCAAUGAGGCGUGACGCGUGACCCUUUUGUUUCUCUCUCAGAGUCAUGCAUUCGUUGCCGAGAGAAUUUCACGUAUAUAUGAAAGGACGAGCCCUCCGUGCCUGAAGGGUCUCCGCUCUGAGAGUGUUCGAAUCGUCGAUUUCGGACUCUCUUAGUUAGCGGACAGCGGUGCUGUGUUUGCUCUGUUUGUAUCCAGGAAGAGCGUUCCUAGCAGAGCUAGUUAAGUUAUUUCUGUGUGUACGCUAUUCACAAUAUUUGACAGGAGCCAGAUUUGACGUCGGGACCGAGAGUAAACUGCCAAUGGAGUUAUUGAGGCGCAGGAGGUUUUACAAGAUGACUUAUAUUUUCAUAUAUUUUCCGAAUCGGUGCGUCAAAAUGAUAGAGAGAACUCAUUUAAAUAUACCGUUGUACACAAAACAGAUUACAGGUCUGCAUUUAAAGGAAU